GGUGGGUGGUGAAGUCGGUUGACCAAGUGGUGGAACCUUGUGGAUUGGAUCAUUUUACAGAAUUUUACAGAAUUCCUCCUGAACACACAGGGCCGGAACUUGUCCAGGAUUGGGAAAGUCUAAGGUCCAAGCACAUGUGGACAGCUGAGCAGGCACACCUUGCCACUAUUUAGGAUGUCCUAGCUGUCACUUUGGUGGGAUAUUCUUGGGUUUGAGAAAGAUCAGGGACCUGUGGGCACUCACUCUCCAUCCCACUAGUUGCAGGCUUUUUGUCAACGGUCCGAGGUAUUUUAUAAGUCCUCUGCGAACCUGUGAAGAGAGCUGUCGUUCAAACAGUCUAUGGCAAGCCCAUGGUACUUGUAGAGAGCAUGGGCACUGAUUUCAGCCGCUGCAUGUUGCAGCCAUGAUUUGCUUAAGAUAGCGAGCCUGCGAGUGGUCGGCACAGGCGGCGGGGCGUCUGGCGGCCUGCGGCCAUGGAUCAGGUGGCCCAGCUGGCCCAAGUGGCGCAGGAGCAGUUGCUGAGCGCCUGGGCCAUGCUGGGGCCGGUGAGCUCCAAGGCUUCCGAGGCCUUCGUGCUGGCGGGGAAGCAGAUGGAACCGCUGCAGAGCACGGUGAUGGCGGCACAGGUGCAGCUUCACGACUACGUCCUGAGACUCUCGUCGGUGCUGGCAGUUCAAGGAGCUUUGGAGUCCAUCUCUGAGGUUGGAAUGGUCCAAGAUCUGGCGCACGCCUCUCUGGGGCAGCGAAAGUUGGCACCAGAGCUCCUGCUGUGGAUUUUCCUGUCCCUGGUGGCGUUGGCCCUCCUGGUACUGUUGGUCGUGCCCAAGGCAAAGCUAGCGGUCUGGGGCUUCUUCUAUUUCUUCCUUGCACGUGACAAAAAGCCGUGCAAGCCCACGGAUAUGAAGAUCGACAAGAACUCGCCGAACUGCAAGAGAAUGAAGAUCGUCUUCAUCCGCCAUGGUGAGUCUCAGUGGAACUCUGUCUUCAACAAGGGCUGGAAGAUUUUUCUGCCCUUUCGCCUGGUCCGGGCGUUGAUCAAAGAGGCGUUCAUGCUCUUUCAGCGGGACUCGCUCUUCUACGACUCCCCGCUGAAUGACCAGGGCAUGCAGCAGGGCUGGGACCUCUUGGCGUUCCUGGCCUCCCAGCCACCAGGUUGCCGAGAGCCCGGCACCUGUCACAAGCCGGUGGAGCAGCUGCAAGUGGAGGAUAUCGUGUCCAUCAUCAUGGGAGAUGCAGGUGACAGCCUGUUAGCCUCCUCCAUCCUGCGGCGCGCGGUGUCCACUGCGUUGCUGGCGUUGAGUCCACGGCUUUUGAAGUCGACCUUCGCGAAAGACCGCGUUCACUUGAUGACUGCUCUGCAGGCCAACCCCACCCGAACCGUGCAGGAGAUCAGUCGCAACGUGGACACCUUGAGCAUCACCCGCGCGCGGACGGUGCCGAAGGUGCCGGUGGACGAGGCGAAGAUGAAAAACAUGGGAGAUCUCAUGUCUCAUUGGUACAAAACGCGGCUAGAUCAUCGACAGAACGCUGGCAAUAAGACCUUGGGCAUGAAGGCAGACAAGCGACAAAAGCAAUUUGUGAAAUGGGUCUUGGAGCAGAAGGACAUCGACUGUAUUAUCGUCGCGGGACACUCUCUGUGGUUCCGGGAGUUCUUCAAAAGCUUCAUGCCCAAGAGCUCCACACACGCGGCGAAGACGACGAAGAUGGUGAACUGCGGAGUGGUGGCCUUUGACUUGUACCGCACCGUCCAGCACAGUACGGAAGUCAUUCGCAUCCCUCCGGAGAGCAUCAAGGAGAUCUACGGCGGCUUCGAGGGGAAAGGGAAGAAGAAGAAGGCUUGACGAGUGACGAGCUGUGAGCCCUUCGGGCCCUUCGGCGGGACAGCGACGAUGCUGGGCACGAUGCUGCUGUGCCCCUACAUGCCUGUCGUACAUCAUAGCUGAAAGGGUCCAAGAGUUGAGGGGUGCCACACCUGCCAAGCGAAGGG